AUGGAGCGCUGGCAAGGCUUGCUUUGUGCACUAUGUGCAGCCGUGGCCUUUGGUGUCCAGUAUGCACCAGUCAAGAAGUACGAGAUUUACGAUGGCAUUACGUUUCAGUGGUUCAUGUGUGCUGGAAUCUUGAUGGUGGGCUUCGUCUCCUCCGUCAUCUUCGGUGACUUUGGUAUGAAGGACAAUGAAUGUCUCCUGAUCAUCGGUGGCGGUGCACUCUGGGCUCUGUCGAACUACCUGGUCUUGCCUUUGGUCAAGCUUCUCGGAAUUGGCCUGGGCUUCUCGCUGUACCACUUUGUCAAUUUGAUGGUGGGCUACAUUGUGGGCCGUCUUGGCCUUUUUGACAUGGCGCGGCUCGAGGGGAACUUGCACGUUUGUGAUGCAGGUUGCACUCUCAUCCUGGCAUCGUUCGUCAUCAUGGUUUUCGUGGAAGGCGAGCAAGGUGAUGCACAUCAACCCAGCCAGCCAGCAGAGCUGCCCCCGCCCAUGUUUCAGAUCGACCCGAACUACCGCGAAAUGUACCACCGGUGGCGCCAAGGCGAGUCGCGAGGUGCGAAAGAUGCGCCUAUGCUGAAUGCCCUCCGCUCCACAAUGUUCGGAUAUUCCGCCAUGGAGCCUGGAAGCAACCUGAAGGCCGUCGGUGGCUUUGGCCUUGGCCAGGUAGCUGCGAAGCCGCAUGUUUCUGGCUCCGCGGAAACGGCCUUCCUGGAUUCGAGGCUCCAGCACAUGCCGCGGAACUUUAGCGAGCCAACUAUCGCAUCCUCCAAUGGCAGCCGAGAUGCUGCUGCAUCAGUAGAAAGCACACAGCCAGGUGCGCUUCCAGUCCUCACCGCCAGUCCGCGAAUGACUAAAUUGCUUGGAGUGAUCCUGGCGUUGUUCGCCGGGGGCUUGGCUGGCGUACAAAGCGUUCCAGCAGCCAUCUACAAUCAAAGGCACCCAGGUGCACACCCCACAGUCGUUGUUUUUCCACAAUGCCUGGGGAUUUACAUCUGCUCAAGUUUCAUUUACCUCUUCUACGCAGCUGUGGCCCGCGCAUCUGGCUGGUCAAUUCCGCACUCGGCCAUUCGGCCUCCCUACUUCAGCGGCUGCAUCUGGGCCGUUGGAUUUUCCUUCAUGAUCGUGGGGAUCUCAGCCCUGGGCUUCUCCAUUGGAUACACUCUGGACGCUGUGGGGCCCAUUGUGGUGGCGAGCAUGCUUUCAAUCUUCGUGUUCAAAGAGAUCACCAGGCCCAGGCAGCUGAUUCUGUACUGGUGCUCAUUCGGGCUGCAGCUGAUUGGCGUGGUCCUGAUGACCACCUACGGAAAGCACAGCAGCUGA